AUGGCGCGCCUUCGCCGGCCGGAGUCCUUCGACGACGUGCGUGCGGAGGGCCUCUUCCGGAUGACCACGGUGCCACAGAUCCUCGCCAAGCGCGGGGCAAUCUUCAUGGAAGGAUUGAAAGGCCUUCUGGGAGCAGGCGGCUUCCGCCCAGAGAAGAUUCCGACCAAGCAGGAGGUGCUCGCAGCUGGGUCGAACAUCUUCGAAUCGACCCAGACGGCCGAGAGCGUAGAUGUCUUUCUGAGCCAUCGCUGGGGCUCUGCACGCUGGACAAAGUACUUGGCAUUAUGCCUCUACGUGAAUCUGACAGCAGCUGCAGUAUGCUCUGUGGCCACAUGGUUGCUGGCUACUGCAGCGAUGAUUGCCUGCGCAGGCGGAGCAGCCAACCUUGGUGGCAACCUAUUGUUGAUGCCCAUCCUGGUCUACGUCCCAAUCGCAGUCUUUUUCUUUGUCUUCUUUUUUGGCCAGCAUGUCGUGCAUCGAUUUCGACCGCUGUCUGUGUGGGUGGACCGGGCAUGCGUUCACCAGACAGACCACGAUUUCAAGCGGCGUCAGAUCCAGGCACUCCCUGUUUUCGUCGCACGGUCGUCCUCGAUGCUUGUGUUGUGGGAUGAUUCCUAUUUUCAGAGACUGUGGUGCCAGCUUGAGUUGGCUACCUUCGCGAAGCACGGCGACGCGCAGAAGGUUCAAUUCUUGCCACUUUGGCUGGCACCUUGGCUGCUGUCAGCACUCCUGCUGGAUGUGCUGGUCGCCACGAGUUGGUAUAUUCUUUCCCAUGCUGUCCCUAUGGACCUUUUUUCCUCCACGCCAACUUUUUCUGCCAUAUUGGGGUCGGCCUUCGGCCCGCUUCUCACUGUGGUACUCUUCAAUCUGCUGUUUGGCACAGCCUUGGGCGUUCUUGCGUCCAUUCCAUGGACCAUUGCCUGCAGAGCCAAACUACGGAGCCACUCCUUGAUGCUGGAGCAAAUGGCGUGCUUCGACUGCCGGGCUGCAGAGUGCACAGUGGAGGCGGACAGGAUCCUCGUGGAGCAGCAGGUCCAACAACUUUUUAGGUCGGCGCUCGGCGAGAAAGAAGUUGUGGUUCUACCGACAUCAUCCACGGGAUCAGAGCAUGCGUACUGGCCGUCGCCUAGUGACAGCAUGGAGGCCGCCUACAUGUCGCAGACAACGCAGGACAGUGUGGCUCAUGCUCAGAGUGAUGAUGAAGCUCUGGACGCCUUCAACAGCUACAUUCGCGGCCCACUUCGGACUGCAGUCAUGGAAAGUGUGGGAGACCAGCUGCAUGUGCCAUAUAGCAUGUGCCUGGUAGCUUCUCUACCCAUGAUCUUUUAUUCUGCGGUCGACACUCUCCAAUGCGAUGCUGCAUGCAGAUCAGCCAGCGGCUUUCCAUCUUUCGAGAGGUAUUUGCUACCCGUUGUGCUGGGUUGGCUUGGCACGAUUUGGCUGGUCUUGCCUAUCUUCUACCCUGUCUUUCUUCGGAUGCUGAAGUGCACUUACUCCGUCGAGACCCAUCUCCUGCAGCUUGUGCUGGCGGCCAUAAGUGGAAUUCUGACGUUCAGCUACGGCUACUGCAUGGUCGGACUGAUUUUUGGCCUUUUUGACGUCAGCUUCCAGAGAGGUUCGCUUGGUUUGAUCCCGCUCCUAGUUCUCCUUUUCUUCCUCCUUGCGCAGCUGCGAAGCCUUUUCGGCAUGUGUCGUCGUUCAGGCCCAGCAUGGUGCUGCCAAG